AUGUCAACCCGCAACCACGAUCCCCCACCAUCUUCGUCUUCGGCCAAGAUGCCCGCGGCGGCCAAGAAGCGACCCGCUCUCGCGGACGUCACCAACCAAAGAAAUGGCUCCAAGAAUGCAUUUGGAGUGGCAUCUGGAUAUCCAUUUGAAGACGUACCUGAAGAUGCACGUGAUAGCGGAUCUCUCAUGGCUGACAAGCAUUCCAAGAAAGAGGUGCCAUGUGUUGCCAAAAUUGCCAAGACCAAGAAGAAAGUUUCGGCUUGCUCAGACAAUACAGGCUUCCUUGAGAAAACUUUGCCUGCAUCCUUUGGCUUGAAAUCAAGUGUCUUUGUUCUGUCAGAGGAUAAAUGUUUUCCCGGAAGUGAUCAAUCGGUGGCUAGUGUUGCUGCCCAUUCUGCUCCAUGCGGCUUGGAAGCCGGUCUUUGUGCUCUGAGUACCAUAAUUCGUGCUCCCAGAGGCAUGGAUAGACAAGCAACAGUCUCUUCAUUUCAGACAAUGCAGAAAAAGCAGCUGCAAAGUGUGUGCCUGGAAUAUUUACAUCAUGCCCUUCCUAAUAUAUUUUCUCUGAUAUUGAUUCCGGGGAAUGUCUGUGAGAUAGGUAUGCUUGUGGAGAUGGAAACAUUUGAUCAAGUUGUAGAUAUUGAUAACAAUGUCAUGGGCCCUCAAUGCUGUGCAACCAUUGCUUCUGAUAUUUAUAAGCACUUACGGGUAUCGGAGGCAAAUAAAAGCCCUUCCUCAGACUUCAUGGAAAGGAUCCAGAAAGACAUCAAUGCCAGCAUGCGUGCUGUACUGAUUGAUUGGUUUGUGGAGGUUGCUGAAGAGUACCGGCUCCAACCUGAUACACUAUUUUUGAUUGUUAACUAUAUUGAUCGUUAUCUUUCUGGCAAUGUGGUGAAUAGGCAACGGUUGCAAUUGCUUGGUGUUGCAUGCAUGAUGAUUGCUGCCAAGUAUGAGGAGAUCUGUGCACCCAGUGUGGACGAGUUCUGUUAUGUAACUGAUAAUACAUACUUCAAGGAGGAGGUUUUGCAAAUGGAAUCUGCUAUCCUGAAUUCGUUGAAGUUUGAAAUGACAGCCCCAACAGCUAAAUGUUUUUUGAGGCAAUUUGUUUGUGUUGUUCAAGCCACCAGCAAGGUUCCAUCAAUGCAGCUGGAGUGCUUGGCCAACUGCCUGACGGAGUUAUCCCUUCUCGAAUACAACAUCCUUCAUUAUUCUCCAUCGCUAGUAGCUGCUUCUGCUACUUUCUUGGCCAAAUUUAUACUUCUCCCGUUAAAGAAACCCUGGAAUUCUGUAUUGAAGCAUUACACGCUUUACCAAGCUUCUGAUUUGAGUGACUGUGUCAAGGCACUGCAUAGCCUGUGCUGUAAUUGCUGUAAUCCUAAUCUACCCGCAAUCAGGGAGAAAUACAGCCAACAUAAGUACAAGUUCGUGGCAAAGAAGUACUGUCCUCCUUCAAUACCUCACGAGUUUUUCCAAGAACUAAGCAACUAGACAUGGACAUCAGUGUUCCAAAUGAAUUCGACGAACAUGUCUUUUGUGAGUUGCUGUUUUUUGUUUUUUAACCUCAGGUCAUACGUAUAUAAUUUUGUUUCCAGUAGUAGUGGUGUGUCUAUGGUUGGAUAUUCAGGCGAUUCUCUCAUCGUACUGUUUUUCUAAACAUAAACUUGUAUCUUGUAUCGUGUUCUUGAAUUGAGUUUUCAAUGUAUAGUAAGGUUCAAAGUGUAUACAUG